AAAAACGAUUGGUCUAAAGUUCGUGCGUGGGUAUACAUUAGGGUACAAAGAUCUGUACCGUUGUGAACACGGGUUUGCAUAACACCGUUGGCAAGCUCCUCGCCAAAGACACCCUAGGCAUGGCUAUGCGCCAAGAUUUUGUUAUAUAGGAUCUAGCUAAAAUAUAAACAUGGUUUACUGUAUAUUUAGGAGCGCUUUUCAUCUACGCAAUGGCACAGCUUUGCGCCACUUCUACAGGAGUUCUAAUGCCACUAUAGACUACAAAUACCCUGCUGAGAUUCAUCUAACAAGGCGUUUAACUAGUACUCUAUGUGGGCAACCACCAACCAGAGGUGACGGCUCAACUGCCAAAUCUACUGCGCCUGAGGUGGAUGCCGCGGCGCCUCCAUACAUUGUAGACGAUGGCAAAGUAUUCAAGCAGGGUAAGUACCCUGGAUUAGGACUACCUAAAGCUGUGGGUCAACCGGAAGAUUUACCAUCUAUUGAGUUUGGCAAGCCAACUGGUAUGUACAACUUCGUGCGUCAUCAACAUGGUGACCCACGUGGCCACCUACAAUCUGAUGGACGCUACCGUCCCUCUUACGCGGCUGAUAGUUUCCAUUGGUUCGAUGCCUAUACCGACGUGCCUAAGCAGCAAUUUACCAUCGUGAACGGGGAGACUAUGAUAGUUGGAAAGGAAACGCGCCCUAUGGAAGAACUGUUCGGUGUAGAGCAGACGAACAUUCCUUUCUACGCUAGGCGCCGUGUCAAAGUUUGGGGUAACCACAACCUAAUCUUAACCGCGGAGUUCUGCUUCUUCUGGAUACCUACUCUCAUCAUUAUGGGUUUGGCUGUACCGUGCUACACCAUGAUUUACAUGAUGGACGAAGCCGUGUCAACUUCUAUGACAGUGAAAGUAAUUGGGCACCAAUGGUACUGGGUAUACGAAGUGGAAUCUCCACCUGUGCUGGAGACAGAGGCUGAGGAGGCGGAUGAUGAGUAAUUGCCAUUAACGCGUUCAACAUGGGUGAUGAAUCCACACCUAUACAUUACAUGUGAAUUCUAGACUAUAACGUAAUCUAGAAGGUCAAGAUGACCCGUUUUACACAUCCUUCAAUAUGUGUACGUGGUUGUCGACGUUGCACAUUACAAAACAACACACAUGCGGUGAUUCGCCGACUGGCAUGAUCCAUGCUCACAGUUCAACAUGUUACAACUAUAAAUAUAUCAUUCUUAGU